CCCUGCAAUACAGAGACGAAGCAGUCCAUACAACACAGCCCCAUUUCGCAAAAAUAUCUCAAACUCUUUUACCCUUUAACUUCAAAAUUCAACCCAGAAACUCACAGGAAUCAAUGGCCACAGUGAAGAGAAUCAAGCUUGGCUCACAAGGCCUGGAAGUUUCAGCUCAAGGCUUAGGCUGCCUGGGGAUGACAGGCUUCAACGGCCCUCCAAAACCUGAGCCUGAAAUGAUCGCUUUGAUUCACCAUGCCAUCAACAGUGGCUUCACUUUUCUUGACACUUCUGAUUUCUAUGGACCUCACACCAACGAAAUUCUUCUUGGAAAGGCUUUGAAGGAAGGGAUGAGAGAAAGAGUUGAAUUGGCCACUAAAUUUGGUAUCAACUUUGCAGAUGGCAAGAGGGAAAUACACGGCGAUCCGGCUUAUGUGAUGGCUGCCUGUGAGGCUAGCUUGAAGCGGCUAGAUGUCGAUUGUAUCGAUCUUUACUAUCAACAUAGGAUUGACAGUAAAGCUCCCAUUGAAGUCACGAUUGGGGAACUCAAAAAACUUGUUGAAGAGGGCAAAAUAAAGUAUAUAGGUCUAUCUGAAGCAUCUGCUUCAACAAUUAGACGAGCUUAUGCUGUUCAUCUAAUAACAGCUGUGCAGUUGGAAUGGUCCUUAUGGUCACGAGAUGUGGAGGAAGAGAUAGUUCCUACUUGCAGAGAACUUGGCAUUGGGAUUGUUGCAUACAGUCCUCUCGGACGAGGAUUCUUUUCAUCAGGGGCUAAGUUGCUCGAAAAUAUUUCGAAAGAUGAUUUUAGACGGCAUUUGCCCAGGUUGCAGCCUGAAAAUCUGGAACAUAACAAAAAGUUAUUCGACCUAGUUAAUGAAAUGGCAGCGAAGAAAGGAUGCACCACAUCACAGCUUGCACUAGCCUGGGUUCAUCACCAGGGAGAUGAUGUAUGUCCGAUUCCUGGAACCACCAAGAUCAAAAACUUCAAUGAAAAUAUCAAAGCGUUGUCUGUGAAACUAACUCCAGAAGAAAUGGUUGAAUUUGAAUCCAUUGCUGCAGCAGAUGCUGUAAAGGGUGACCGAUAUGUGAGUGGCUUCGCUACAUACAAGAACUCAGAAACUCCACCGCUGUCUUCGUGGAAAGCUUCGUAAGGCUAUGGAUUCUGCACUUUUAUGUUGUUGUGAGGAUGAGCAUUUGUAGGUUAAAUUACUUUGUUUGAUAUGAAGAAGAAAAAAAAAAAGUUGAGUGGGAUGUGGUUGUUUCAAACUAAAUAAAGGAAGAUUGGUGCAAGUUUUAAGAAUUGUUUUGGUGAUCUCUCAA